CCGGGUUAGAGGUCAAGCUGCACAUGGUGUGUGGUGUUGCAGAAGUCUGAAGUGUGACGACAAACCAGCUUCCGAGAUGACCUCGUUAGCACUUCAGUUGAAACGGCUGGCACUGCCGCAGAAUGAUUCCAGUCUGCUUUCUCGCAAAGAAGUAGCAUCUCUCCUGUUUGACCCCAGAGAGGCUGCCGGCAUAGACAAGGACACCUUUUUUGCAAUAGGAUGCACUGGUUUGGAGGAGCUCCUUGGUAUUGAGUCUUCCUUUGAGGAGUUCCAGACUACCCUGUUCAGCCAGGCAUCCAAAAGCCUGGAGCGCAGCGUGCAGAACAAAGAAGUGAACAAGCAGCUGGAUGAGAGCCUGUCCCUCUUCCUGACACGCCUGUCCCCCUACUUCAUGCUGAAGCCAGCUCAAAAAUGUCUGGAGUGGCUCAUUCACAGGUUUCAUGUUCAUCUUUAUAACCAGGAAAGCUUGAUUGCUUGUGCUUUGCCCUAUCAUGAGACCAAAGUGUUUGUGAGAGUAAUCCAGCUUUUAAAGAUCAGCGAACCAACACAUAGAUGGAAUUGGCUGGAGCCGAUGCAGAAGCAUGGUGUCCACCUAGCCAGAGGAACUUUGAUCACACACUGUUAUAAAGACCUGAGCUUCAUGGAUUUCAUCUGCAGUCUGGUGACAAAGGCUGUCAAGGCUUAUUCCAGUUGCUCUGGAAGCAGUGCUCAGCUCAGAGUCCAUUUCUCUUUUUAUGCAUCAACGAUUGUUCCUGCCUUGGAUGCCUUAGAGAAGAUCACCGAUUCAGUGAUAGCAAAGCUGCUCCCUUACAUUCAGAAGGGUUUGAAGUCUUCGUUGGUAGACUAUAAGGCUGCCACCUACAUGAUCAUUUGCCAGCUGGCUGUAAAGGUGGUCAUGGAAGCAUCUUUAGUCAACACCCUGGUGCUGCAGAUCAGCAAGUCACUUGCAAAGUCUCCAUCGAUACUGAGGGAAGGACUGGGCUGCUUGAUUAUUCUAUUGCAAAACCAGAAGGGAGACAGCCUGGGAAAAAAACCCUAUACACACCUGAGUACCAUUCCUGGCCUCAUCGCCACUCUCCAGGGUAUUGCGGCAGCACAUGACAUCAGUCCUCUACUCCGCUACCUGCUCCCACACCUGAUCCACUCUGUAAUCACAGACAGUGACGAGUCCCAGACAGAGGAGUCCUCCGAUAAAAUGAACUUUUCAAGCCUCUUGGAAUCUGUCCUUCAGAACAUUUUAUUGGAAAAUGGCUUGGACCACAUGGUAACAAAAGGGCUUCUCCAGGGAUACAUUUCCUACGGCGUGCUGAGUGACAUGUCUCCAGACAGCUUGACAGGUCUCAACCAACGACUCCUGCCCUUUGUACGGCUACUGGAAACAAAGUAUCCCAGUGCUUUGGACAGUGUUUUGGAAGGGCACUUGAAGAACGUGACCGACCAGAAGGAACAGGAUCUCUUCCAUCAGUUCAUCUCCCUCUCCAUGAGCAGUGGGAAAUACAAGAUUUUGUCAGAUUCUGACACAUCGCUGCUACUCAGUCUAAACCAUCCGCUGUCUGCAGUAAGAAACUUGGCCAUUGAACAUCUGAAGGAAAUAAUUAGGACAGCACAGGAGGGGUUCGACGAGUCCUUCCUCAGAGAAGCUGUCCUGAGCCGGCUGAAAGAUGACACCCCUGAAGUUGUUCUAGCUGCUCUGAAAGCUCUGGAGGCAUAUGCUGACCACCUUGGCCCUGAAACCGUAGUAUUGUCUCUGCUCGCACUCUUCCAGCGAGUCGAUUUGUCAAAAAGUGGAAAAUGGUUUCCGGUCCUCAAAGAAGUCAUUGGGAUGUUAGAUGAUGGCAGGUUUCUAAAGGACAGUGAAAAUUUGGAGAGCCAAGUUGUGAUGGAGCUGCUGUCCUUUCUGGUCAUGACAACUCCGUAUCCAGAAUAUGCUGAACAUCAGCUUACUUUAUUUAUUACCAAGUCCAAGUUGUACUCCAAACAUCCAUUGACAAAAGGAUGGUCAAAAGUGCUUGAGGGCAUUAUCAAGAAGAGCGAUCCUUCAGAUAUGGUUGGAAAAGCCAACCAAGCACUCAUUGUAACAAUGACCAAAAAUCUUUCUUUAAUGGAGCCUUCUUUAAAACUUCACAUUAUGGAAGACCUUAUUCAAGUAGCCGAGAAGCAACGGUCCAGUAUUCGAGAGAAAGUGGCCUUCCUCGUCAUUCUCUAUACGCUGGUCCAGAGCAUUGAGGAGCUGUCUGAGCCACAUCACUUGCAGACCGCCCUGAACGUGUACAGCCUGCUUGAAGCAAGGCUCCAGAAACUCAUCACCAAGGGCUUCAGCAUGGAGGUUUCCUUCAACGAGAACCCAAAGUCUCAGCUUGACAACUUGUCUCUAGGAGAUAUUUUGAGUGAUUACCUGGACAACCUUAGAAUGGCAGAGAGUGGGGGAAAUGAAUACUGGAUCUUAUUGACCUUGCUGCUUGAGUCCUUCAUACCUGCCAUCCAGAGUCCAGCUACCCCAUUCAGAGGUCAGACCUGGUGGAACCCAGAGCAGCUGGAUGGCCAGGCUUGCAGUUACCUGCGUCUGCUCGUUAGGCUUUUCAAUAUUGCUAUUGCUGGAGCGAGUCAAAGUCACAUGGCCUUCAGAUUUAAGGCACUCAUGCAGCUUCUCUUUAAGGUUCACCUUAGUGACCCCUUAGACCUCUUUAAGUUCUUGUCCUUGCUGUGGAGCUACAAUUACAACCUUGCUGACCAGCUGAACUGCACUGUUAAGGCACUGCUUCAGACCCAGACCCUGUAUGUGGGCUCCACUCUGGUUGGGGCACAGACUGUGAGCACAGUAAAACAGCUGGUAUCCUCAUCCUCCCCAGUUGUGCCGUCCCUGAUUGUGAACCUGGGCAAUCCAGUCAGAGAAGUAAGGAGAGCUGCUGUCGCCUGCCUGCAAACCCUGGGUGGAGCAGAAGCCUCUCCAUUUUUCCCCUUUAUUGAGAAGCUGCUUCAGUCUACAGAGGAGAUAAUUGCUGAUCCUGCCCAUGUGAUCCAGGCCUUCGGCAGUUUGUUUGAGGAGUUCCCGAUGUCGACUAAACUCAGAUCCUAUAGGCAAAAGCUUGCGGAUGCCCUGAAGGAAGUAUUGAGGUGUGGGUGUGAUCCCGAGUGCCCGUCGUACAUAGCAAGUGGACUGAUGAGGGCCCUGCAAGAGGUGAACAACGAGCUGGUACUGUCUGCAUUACUGCCUGCUCUUGAGAGGUUACUGGCAAAGGCAAACCAAGUGCCUGUGGUACUUCUGAAAGAUGAGGCCCUCCUGCUGCAGCUCAUUCUGAGGAAAUACAACGAGCAGUCCGCCUCUCUCCUGGCUAAGAACCAGCAGAGUCUGGAGCUCUUCAUCGCAGCGCUGAAAGCCACAAACGAAGUCUAUCAAGGCUUGCCCACCUUCCAGAUCAUUGCUCUCGAACAGAUCACAAAGGGAUUCUUUGCAUCGCUCUCUGAUGAGAAGAUACAGCAGAGGCUUCUGGGUGUAAUGUUUGAUUUGCUGGUGGAGUGCAAAAAUCCAGUCUGUGCACAGACAAUUAACAGUGUUUUCAAAGCAAUCGCAGUUGAUGCUGAGCAGGUUGCUAAAGAACUGGCGCCCUUGGAGAAGUCCAAAAGCCCCGCGACUGUCCAGCAGGCAAGGAGACAGAAGAUGCAGCUGCGGAAGUCCCAGGCUGCUGAACCUACUGCAGAGGCUGGCUGUGUAAACUGGCAGCGCGUCACCCUGAUUUUGGAGUUACUGCAGCACAAGAAGAAACUUAAGAACCCUCAAGCGCUGGUUCCUUCACUUUUUAACCUGCUCACCAGAUGCCUGGAGCCUUUGAAUCAGGAGCUGGUGAAUUUCGAGUAUACAAAGCAGCUAGUCCUGAGCUGCUUACUCAACAUCUGUCAGAAACUUUCCCCUGACGGCGGACGGAUUAGCCCAGACAUUCUGGAUGAAGAGAAGUUCAACGUGGAGCUGAUUGUUCAGUGUGUCAGAGGGUCAAAUAUGCCGCAGACUCACCACCACGCGUUACUGCUGCUGGGGGCGGCAGCUGGAAUGUUUCCUGAUAAAGUUCUUCACAACAUCAUGCCUAUAUUUACCUUCAUGGGAGCAAACAUUAUGAGGCUUGAUGAUACCUACAGCUUCCAGGUCAUCAACAAGACGGUCCAGACAGUGAUCCCAGCGCUCAUUCAGGCAGAUGAUGGCAAGUCUUCACAGACGGGGAACGUGGCAAACGUGGUCACGAAUAUCAUCAACGUGUUUGUGGACGCCCUGCCCCACGUCCCAGAGCACCGGCGCCUGCCCAUCCUGGGACAGUUGGUCAGGACAGUGGGGCCGGAGCGAUUCCUCUGGGUCCUGCUGUUGCUCCUCUUCAAGCAACACGUCACCAAAACUGCAUCCACCGCAACUAAUGGAGACAAGGAGGCUGUUUUGGAGAGGGAUACAGAGUUCUUGAUUUCAGUGUGCUGCGAAUUUGAGGUUGAGGAGCAGCUAGCCAGCCUAAUUAACAUCCUUCAGUUCCUGCCAACUCUACCAGAGGACAAGGAAGAAGGUCAAGGAAGAAAGAAAACAACACGAAAGAAAACCAAAAAGGAAGAGACUGCAGAGCUGCUCUUCAACGUGGACACACACACAGGAAAAGAGCUCCGGCAUUUCAAAUUCCUCUCCGUCUCCUUCAUGGCACAGCUUUUGGCGUCUAACAGCUUGAUUGGGAAGGUUGCUGAUUGUGAUGAAGUGUCACAGAAGAGCCUGCAAAAUCUCGAGCAAAGUUUGCUUGAGGAGAUCCUUCGCUAUAUAAACACUGUCGCUCACAGUGUGGAGGAGAAUUCUGAUAAGCCCACAGCAAAGUUCUGGAGGGUUCUCCUCAACAAAUCGUAUGAUGUUCUAGAUAAGGUGAAUGCUCUGCUGCCUACCGAGACGUUUAUCCCAGUGAUCAGGGGUCUCAUGAGUAACCAGCUUCCCUCAGUCAGACGCAAAGCCAUGGAUCUCCUCAAUAACAAACUGCAACAGCGAUUACAGUGGCAGGAGGGACAGGUAGAGUUGCUGUUGGAGCUCAUAGAGGAGCUGCUGUCCAUCGUCAGGCGCAAACUGAAGAAGGAUGAUGAUGAUGAGCAGGCUAUUAACAGGCAGACCGCCCUGUACAGUCUCAAGCUGCUCUGCAGGUCCUUCGGGGCUGGCCACCAGCAGUCGUUUGUGCCUGUUUUGAGUACUGCAGUGGACCUGAUCACAGCUGAAGAGGAGGAGAGGAACGUUAUGGGUAGUGCCCUGCUCUGUAUUGCUGAAGUCACCAGUACUCUAAAAGCACUCGCUAUACCCCAGCUUCCAAGGCUGAUGCCUGCUCUGCUGAAGACCCUGAAAGACCGGAAGGAGCUGCUCUCUAAUGAGAUCUUCUUGCUGAGUGCAGUUACAGCACUGCAGAGAGUCUCUGAGACUCUACCACACUUCAUUAGCCCCUACCUAAUGGACAUUUUACUGCUGGUUGCUCACCUGGCAAGGAUUACAUUGAGUGCGGGACAGGUUCCUCAGAUGAGUGUUCGGCUGACUUCGCUCCAGACCACCCUGGCGACCAAGCUGGCUCCUCGUGUACUGCUUCCCACCGUCGCCAAGUGCUACAGCAAACUGGUGGACACACACCAGAGUCGUCUAGGGCCUCUAAUGGACAUAUUGAAGGAACAUAUCGGUCACAUGGAGAGUGAGCAGCUGAACUCGCAUCAGUCUGAGCUCACAGCCUUCUUCCUCAAAGCCUUGGACUUCAGAUCAGAUCACUCAGAGGAUGACUUGGAGAAAACAAAUGAAAUUGAGGGCCAUGUCAUCAACUGCCUGCUCGUCAUGGUCCUGAAACUUUCUGAAGUCACCUUUAGGCCACUGUUCUUCAAGCUGUUUGACUGGUGCAAAACAGAGGAUGCGUCUAAAGAUCGAUUGCUGACGUUCUACCGGUUGUCAGACUGUAUUGCCGACAAGCUGAAAGGGCUAUUUAUACUUUUUGCUGGGCAUCUUGUAAAACCCAUUUCAAACCUACUGAAUCAGACCAACCUAAUAAAAACUGAUGAGGCUUUAUUUGACUCUGAGAAUAACACUGAGAAGAGUUGCCUGCUGCUGCAGUACAUCCUGGACUGUUUGCACAAGAUCUUUCUGUAUGACACCCAGCGCUUCGUUAGUAAGGAGAGAGCAGAAGCCUUGAUGAUGCCUCUAGUAGAUCAGUUAGAGAACAUGUUAGGAGGAGAAGAGAAGUUCCAGACAAGAGUAACAGAACACCUGAUCCCUAGUAUAGCUCAGUUCUCUGUUGCCAUUGGCGAUGACUCUCAGUGGAAACCCUUGAACUACCAGAUCCUGCUGAAGACAAGGCACAGCUCACCAAAGGUUCGAUUUGCUGCUUUGGUCAUGUUGCUGGAGCUGGCUGGGAAACUGCGAGAGAACUACAUGGUGCUGCUGCCAGAGACCAUUCCCUUCCUGGCAGAGUUGAUGGAGGAUGAAUGCGAGGAAGUGGAACACCAGUGCCAGAGGGUCACGCAGCAGCUGGAGGUCAUUCUAGGAGAGCCACUUCAGAGCUACUUCUAACAAUGCUCGAAUGAACUGGAGCGCAGGAUGAAGACAUUGUUGUAUACCCCUAAUCCUGGGUAGAUAAUUGACCUGUACAAAAAGGAACUGCAUUCCUUGGGAGCUCUUUUUUUUAGUACUGUUUCAGUUACAGCAGUAUAGCCAUACUGCUCGAGGAUAAAUAUGCAGAUAGUCAUUCAAAGAAUGUAUAGUAGUGCAUAUACCAAUAACAUCUUUGCAUGCAGUUCAAAAGUGUAUUUAUAGAUUUCAAAAAUCUAUCAGAAUUGAAGGGAAAUUUGAACUGGUUUUCUUGUGUACUCAUUGCAUCUUUUUAAAAGCUGUUCUGGAAAGAAGUGGCACUGUUUACAUAAUAAAUACAGUGUGUACAAUC